ACUCCUUUCGUUCUUCUUUAGCGCGCUUUUCCCACCAUCUUGCCGCCUACUCCACCGCUCUCUUUCUCCGGCGGAAUCGAUUGGUAAAGUGCACUUCUGCUUUCCUGCCUUCGCAUAGAUUCAUAUAGCUAUGACGGUAGUGCUGGUGGUGUAUGGUCAGCGGUGACUUCAAUUGCGAUUCGAGGCACAUUUCCAAACUUUCGGUGACUGUUGCUGACACCAGAGAGUCCAACGUUAAUCUAGACUUGGGUUGCAAAGAUGAAUUGCGAUGAGAAUAUGGAGUCCAAUGUUUAUUUUCACAUGCAAGAUGAGGCAGAAAGGCUGCUUAAAGAGAUUAAACUGAUGAAGAAUGUUGAGAACUCUGAAUUGUAUGCUGGAAUGCGCUUCGAUCUCGAACACAAUGAAACUUUUCAACAACAUUUGUUUCGCCUUUUAGGCUCCCAUUCACAUGUUCAGGUGGUAAUCUAUGCUUUGGGAAGCAUGGAAUACGGUUUCAAUUCACAGUUUCAGCUUGCCGUAGUUCUCCUACUAAAACGAGAUUUUUCCAAUUGGAUUGGCAAUAUACAAGUAUAUGAUCCUUUAAUGUCUCCAGCUGACAUGCUAGUUUUCAGAAAACUGGAUGUAGAGAUGUUGACCAUUGAUGAAAAUUGUAGGAGGCAAGUUCGUAGGCCAACAAUGUUCUACAUGCCCGUUCCUAAUUAUUGUCUUAUCGGCAACCUGUUGGGAGCAAACUGGUCUUCAUCUUGUAUUAACCAGAUUUUUCUAUUGACAAACUCAUUUCACGAUUUGUUGACCAAUAUCUCACCAUGUAAUCAGAAUGAAGAAACAGUGCAACGCCUGGAGAGAAUUCUCCCCUUCAUAACAGAGAUUGACAUAAAAGCUAGUAAUGAGGAGAUAUAUAUUAAUGUGUUCUCAAGAUUUGCUUGGCAUUUCUUUGAUGUGGGUCCCAACAUUAACAUGGAAACAUCACUCCCUGUGACUAAGAUUACAAAAUAUAAAAGUGGUGGAGAUCAACAUUGGUUGGAUUGGCAAAGGUAUUUUGAAGAAGCAUUUUUGGAAGAUAUGCAAAGCUGAUAUGUCUAGUCAGGGAUUUGCACAAAGUCUUGGUACAUAUCGCGGGCCUCGCCGUGUAAGAUGUAACUCGGUUCCUCCUCCACUAGGUUGGAUUAAGCUAAACAUUUAUGGGAUCGGUACAGAAGGUGAUCAGCCAGGACGAUUUAGUGGGGUUUUUCAAGAUGAUACUGGAAUGUGUUUAGGCAGCUAUAGUGAUACCAUUGAUGCUAAAGACAAUGUAAUUGCUGGACUGGAGGCCUUGAGGAAUGGAUUAGUCAGAUGUGUGGAAGGGAAGCCGAAGGCACAGAAGUUGAUGGUGGAGUCCGAUAACGUUAUACUAAUCCAAUAUCUUAAUGGUCACCCUGAACCCAAUGAACUAACCAUGUGCAGGUUGAAAGAAAUUUCCAACUUGCUGAAACGUAUAACUUAUGCAUUUUAUCAUGUGUAUGAAGAAGGCAAUGAAGCUGCUAGAGACUUGGCUUUGAGAGAUGAACGUCACAAUCGGGCAUAGACUUGGUUCAACUAGGCAAGUUAUGUUGCAGCAGACUGAUGCAGACAUGGAUCACAGAGCAGACACUUGUGUCUUUCUGACUUCUCAUUACAAGGUGUUUUUUGUGAAAACUCAAAGGAGAAAAAGAGAAACAAAUGCAUUCAGAAGGCAAAGACAAGUCUUAUAUGCUAACUGAAGCAAUUUCUUGAUCUAUGUUAAUGUUCAUUAUACAUGUAAUUUUCCGUCAUCGAGUCGGAUCGAAAUUUAGUAUUUUUGGUUGUGUGACUUUUUGUUAGAAAUGAUAGUUAAGUGACUUUUGUGGGGAAUUUUUUUUAUAGUUACGUGAUUAUUUGUGAAA